AUGGCUGGCCGAGGCCGGCCAGGAAUACCUGCCGCACAAGGUGGCAGUCGACCGACUAGGCCGGCCGACCGCGGUGCAGCCGGUACAGAGGAAACCGAAAGUGGAAAAUCCCGUAGAGAGCGCCGGAAAGAAGCUCGUCAGGCCAAGAACAAGCAAAAGUUUGAUUCUUGGGUCCAACAUCAUUCGAAGAAAGCCUCACUCAAUCUGAAACUGAAGUCCUCAACUGAAACAGUUCAGGAUAAUGCAAGCAAGAACGGUGCCAGUAAAGUGAAGACCAUGAGAAGUAAUGGUUCCACCCAACAACCUCAUAGCUUUGAAAAAUCGAGAACUAAUAGGGGCCAAAAACGAAAAUUUGGUUCAGAGGGAACACCAAAGACCAAUUUCUUCAAGUUGCUUGAAAUGGAGAUGGGGGGGAAAGUGCCAUCAGCGGAGGAGGAUCUGAGGCUCGAGAAGAGACUUGCAAAGAAACUCAAGUUGAAGAAAGGGAAGCUCAGUGCAGCCGAUGAUCUUAGUGUUUUGGUUGAAGGAACUCCCUCUACUCUCGACAAUCUUGUAUCCAAGAAUAGUAUGAAGAUCAAUUCGGUAAAUGAGGAUAUAGAGGAAGAAAUUUCGGACGAUGGAGAUGGUGAAGAGUUUGGUUCGUUAUUUAAUAGUAGUGGUGAUGAUGGUGAUUAUGAUGAUGAUGAUGAUGAUGAUGAUGAUGAUGAUGAUGGUGAAGAAGAUGGGGAUGGUGAAAGGGAUGAAGAAUCUGAUUCUCUAGCUGGUACUGAGGAUGAUGAUGAUAUUGUGGAUAGAAUCUCACCAAAAAAAUCAAACAAGGGAAAAAGAAAGAAAACAAAGUUUGAAGAGUAUCUUGGAAAUGAUGUUCAGAGUGGUCAAGGUUUGGGUGAAGCUGAUUUGGUGCUUGAAAGAAAACUCGCGAAGAAACUAAAAGUUAAGGGAGGGAAGGUGAUGGGAGAGGACGAUGACCUCAACAUGUUGUUGGAAGGAAUUCCUUCGCAAGAGGACAAUAUGGAUGAGAAAGGUGGGAAAAGAGUGAACGGAGCUUUGGGAACUUUUGAUGAGUCGGGUAAGGGGAAAUAUGUGGCCCCUCAUCUUAGAUCACGUGGUGGGAAUGAAUCUGAAGAACAUGCUCAGUUACGUAAACGUGUGAGAGGACUUUUAAAUAGGCUCUCUGAAACCAAUGUGGAGUCCAUCACAGGACAAAUUUCUAGUCUGUAUAAUUCAGUUGGCCGCAGCUUGGGUUCUCAAAUUGUAAGUGAAGAAGUUGUUGCAUCAUGUUCCGGGGGUCCUCGUGGAAACGAACAGUAUGCUGCCAUUUUUGCGGCAUUUGUUUCUGGAGUGACCUGUUCUGUUGGAAUGGAGUUUGGUGCCAAACUUCUUGCACAUGUCGCAAAAUGCUUUGAGGAGGAGUAUUUGAAAGAAGAUAAUCUAUCCUUGCGGAAUUUGACACUUCUAUUUUCAUACUUGUAUGUUUUUGGACUUUGCUCAAGUGAGUUGAUAUAUGAUUUCCUGAUAAUGCUUGGAAAGAGGUUAACAGAGGUUGAUGUUUCUACAGUACUGACUGUUUUGCAAUGCUGUGGGAUGAAGUUACGUGGGGAUGAUCCUGUUGGGAUGAAAAAAUUCAUUACAAGUGUUCAGAGUAGGGUUAAUGAAUUGAAGUCCUCUUCUGAAAACGAGCAGUCACAGUUAAUCAGCAAAAGAAUGGAGUUCAUGCUUGAAACAAUAUGUGAUAUUAAGAACAACAAAAAGAAAACAAAGGAAGACACUGUGCAGCACACACGGAUAAAGAAAUGGCUACAGAAGUUAAGAGUAGAUGAGAUGCUACUCCGAGGGUUGACAUGGAGCAAACUUCUCGAUCCAAGUAAGAAAGGUCAGUGGUGGUCGUCUGGAGAUAAUUCCUUGACUGCUGAGAAUGUUGAAGAAGUUGCUGGCACAAUUGAUAAGGAGAUUCCCGAGACUAAGAAAAUGUUACAGCUUGCGGCAUCUCAAAGAAUGAAUACGGAUGCAAGAAGGGCAAUUUUUUGUGUAAUCAUGAGUGGAGAGGACUAUAUCGAUGCUUUUGAGAAACUUCUUAGGCUAGACUUGCCAGGAAAGCAGGAUCGAGAGAUCAUGCGAGUACUUGUGGAGUGCUGCCUGCAAGAAAAAGUGUUUAACAAGUAUUAUUGUGUACUUGCUUCUAAAUUAUGCAGCCAUGACAAAAACCACAAGUUUACUUUGCAGUACUGCUUGUGGGAUCAUUUCAAGGAAUUGGAGUCGAUGUCUUUGAUGAGAUCAAUGCACUUGUCGAAAUUCACAGCAGAAAUGAUUGCAUCUUUUAGUCUCUCAUUAGCAGUUUUAAAAGCGGUCGAUUUGAAUGACCCAAUGCAUCUAACUUCUAAGAGGAUCAUGCAUUUCCGGAUGCUGUUUGAGGCCAUAUUCGAGUUUCCGGAUAAAAUCGUGUGGAACAUUUUCACCCGAAUUGCUGUGACACCCGAGUACGAACACCUCAGGAGUGGUCUCGAAUUUUUCAUCCGCAAUUAUGUAGUGAAUGGUGAAAAGUCACUGGCAAGUAAGUUCAAGACUGCCAAAAAGGCCCUUAACAAUAUUGAAGGAACUGGAUCAGGUGGGACCCGAAUGACAGCUGGCGCCACUUCCAAGUACGACAUUGUCCAGACAUCCUCCUCCCCCUCCGGCGUGUCAGAAAAGACAUUAUUCUCAAAAGUUCAUGCUCUUUUGAUGUUGAAUUUGAAAUUUAAUUUUUUGAGGUGGCCAUGGUGGGGUUUAGGGUUUCGUUGGCUUGGGGAUGUUCAUCAAUGGCGGCACUUGUUUACGUCUAUGGUCGCGGAUGGACUUGAGAACAACAUCAGCAUCCGGUAUGUCCCUGGUGCUGGGGCGAAGAGGUUUGACAGAGGGGCUUUUCGUUUGCUUUUGGUGGUGAUUAACAGUCUUACCCUGUUGGGUGAUGGGGGAGUUGCUGAAGAUGGUCUCCCGAUGUGGUUCUGGAGUGGUUCCUUUCAGUGGCGAAACCAGGAUCCCAGCACGGGGAGGGCCCAGAUUCAUCUUCUUCCGGGCCUCCGGCGGCAUCGGAAGGGCGCUCAAAGGGCGCCCUUCCAUUUCCAGCCCUUCGAUUGCCUCAACCUCUCACCAAAACCCCCAAAUUUUUUUUUUGGGGAGGGCCGGCGCCACUCCGGCCCUCAAUGUGGUUUCGCCACUGGUUCCUUUGGAAGGGGAUCUGACUCGUUUGGACCAGAUCUAGUUAGGCGUAGUUUGCAAUUUCUAGAUCUUUGUUGGAGUUGUAGGUUUGUCUUUCAUGGGGCCGACUCGUUUGGUGGUUGUUGGAGUUAUGCUGGCGAUAGGGGAGGACUUUAUUCUAGUCUAUAG